GCAACGUCCACAGUCCCCGAAGACGCCGCCAAGCCCAACAUCAUCCCGUCCGUGGCGCGGCCGGACCAGCAGGGCGGCCCCGACACGAGCGGGCUGGGCCAGAUGGCCGACAACGGCGUCGGCGCGACGGGCAUGGGCGAGGUGGUGGGCGCGGCCGGCGGCGAGAUCCCCGCCGACAUUGGCGGCAAGUACAGCCGGUCUGGCGGCAAGGAGCGCGGGCAGCCCGGCGCGCCGCACGGCGGGCGGAACCAGCCGUCGCAC